CUCCUCCUCCUCCAUUAAGUCCUAGAAAAGACCCCCCGGGCCCGGCCCCCCGGACGGAUUCAAUGGAUUUGUCAACUGCAUUUCAGAAUUUACAGGCUCAAACUGAUACACUCUCUCGUCAAUUCAGGGACCUUGAGACAGAUGUGAGGACUAACAGUAGAGAUCUUGGAAACCUUCAGGAAUCCUUGGUUAAAGUUGCUUCAGAUAGAGAUAUGAAGGAUAUUAUUAAAAGGGUUAGUACUCAGACGAGCAGUAUGCUGUCGGAGUUCAGGGACACCCAGAGGAACGUGGCCAAGUGUCUCUCGGAGGCUGAGCAAGCCAGGAAGGAUUACAUCAUGUUUAAAGAGAAAACUGAGGCUAUUCUCUUCCAAUUACAGCAGAGUUUACUGAUGAAUGGAGUGAAUGGAUUAAGGAUUAGCUCCAGGUUGAGUUUGGAAAAGGGCUCGGCGAAUAUUGAAUCCAAUGAGGACAAAAACAUAUAAAUAAUUCCAUUAAAUACUCGUCUUUGAUUAGCGCGGCAUCAUGAACAGAUUUAAAUAACAGUACUGUCGAAGGGGAACUGUUUUAACAGUAAUUUAGAAGUCAUCUUAUUGGCUUAAAUUGGUCAGAUUAAAAUAAACAUAAAUGUCGUCUUUCUAUUUUAAAGUUUCAUGGAAACCACUGUACUUGGAAUAAAAUAAGUAUUUUCUGAAUCUUUGAUUUCUAAGAGAGGCUUUCACAGAAUUUUAAUCAAUUCUUCAAACUAUAUGAUUUUAAGUUUGCUUUAUUAGUUUAUUCAUUGUGAAAAACUAUUAUUAUUUUCUUUAAUCAUAAAAUGUCCAACGAACGCAGUUUUUUUAAUUAAUU